AUGGUUCGCUUCCAGCCAGCUGCGGCUUUCAAUUUUAGCUCCCCGGACCGAUGGCCCGCGUGGAAGCUCAGGUUCUCACGUUUCCGAAUGCCUGCGAAAUUGUCGACAGAGACCGAAGAAAUCCAGGUCUCCACUUUACUGUAUAGUCUCGGACCCGACGCCGACCCUGUGUUUGAAUACCAGCUGGGCUUGUCUGACGCCUACAAAAGGAAAUAUGCUGAGGUUGUCGAAGCAUUUGACACGUACUUCCGUCCUGCAACGAAUGUCAUCCAUGAGCGGGCACAAUUCAAACAACUCAUCCAACGACCAGGACAAACUCUAGAGGAAUUUGUCCGCGAUCUAUAUAAGGGAGCAGAAUUCUGUGACUUUGGCGGAGAGAAGGAUAACCGGAUCAGGGACCGUAUUGUGGCGCACAUGUGCAACAAGCGCGUCAGCCGUGAGAUUCAGAUGAAGGAGGCGUCCGAACAGACCCUUGCCAAGGCACCCGCGUAUGCCCGGCAAGCGGAGAAAGUUGAGGACCAGGUUGCAGCUCAGGGUCGCUCUGCAGCUGCUUCGUUGGUAUCGGAGCCAGUCUCCUCAUCAGCCGUCUCUCACCGCCCUGGGAACUCGGGACGCAAGCAACCCACGCAGCAGCAGCCCAACAGUGGCGCCCAUGGGGAGUGCUUGGACUGUGACCGCGCUCAUGCUCAGGCACACUACUCACAUCGCCACAGAUCCGCAGACAUUCCUGUGUAUGUCCUGGAAGGAGCUACCACUUGCCUCCUAAGUCGUUCAGCAUGCUCUGAUCUCGGUUUGAUCCAGGGCCUGGGAUCUGUGCACAACAAACCCGAGUUAGUACAGUGUAUGAAGGGCCCAGCUGUUAAUAUCCAGCUCACGUCUGAAGCCACACCUUACCACUGCAUGACUGCUCACCACUUCUACUUCAAAGUUCGCGACGAACUGUCGCGCAUGGAAGAAGGUGACAUUAUCGCAAAGGUGGUUGAGCCGACUGAUUGGUGUUCACCAAUAGUUCCAGUGUUAAAGCCAAAUGGGAAAGUGCGCAUCUGCGUUGAUUUGAAGCACCUCAAGGCAUGCGUGAAACAAGAAACUUUCCAGCUCCCAAAACUGGAUGACGCACUUGCUUCGCUGGCUAGUGCCACCUUGUUCUCAACACUAGACGCAGCUAAGGGUUUUGGCAACUGCCGCUCGCGCCAGACGCUGCGCACUUGA